UGGCUGAUGUGGACAAUUUAUUAACGGGUGAAAUAAUCUCCCGCUAAGUAACUAGCGACUAUCGAGCAAGCCGGUGUCAAAGAAAUAAACAUUGUUUUUUUUUUACCAAUGGAGCGAUGAAAAUAUGUAGCGUUUGAACUAAACAAUUUUUUAAACAUUUGUAAGAUUUGUAAUAAAAAAUAAAUAAGCGAUCAACAAUGAUGUCGGAAUGCGAACCAAACGAGACCGAUCCGGUGGUGGCGGAUGACAUAGCCCCGGUAACCGCCUCCGCCGCCGCUGCUGCUUCUACCACGGAUCUCAACUUUCGGUCACAGGAGCCGCUGUCGACGUUGUUCGAUAGAAACACAGUCGGGUCUGGGACAAACCCCGGGGUCGCGAUUCGGAUCUCGGGUUCGUGUGAAAGUGUUCUUACCGAAUUGGAGACGGACGGUUCUGGGGAAGAGACUCUGUUGUUACCGUGUUUAUCCGGAGGCGCGUCGUCACCUCGGGGCGAGAGGCGGAAGAGGACGAGGCGGAACCGACGGAGUUCAUCGUCGGAUAAAGAUAACCUUACCUCGCCAGGUAACGGUAGUGGAGACUUUAACCAUUUCCCCGGUGACCCAGAGUUUGGUGACAUCAUUCAGAGGGCGGAGCAGGCCAUCGAGGGCGGAGUCUUCCCAGAGAGAAUCUCUCAGGGUUCUAGCGGGAGUUACUUCGUUAAAGACUCCAAAGGGAAAAUCCUUGGUGUUUUCAAACCAAAGUCUGAAGAGCCUUACGGUCACCUCAACCCUAAAUGGACCAAAUACUUUCACAAGCUGUGCUGUCCGUGUUGUUUUGGCCGUGGCUGCCUGAUCCCCAACCAGGGCUAUCUCUCAGAGGUUGCUGCCUCCUCGUUGAUACCAGGCUAG